AUGCCAACUCCAGCCGAAAUCAUUGCAGCUCGUCACCAAAACCGUGGUAAUGUAGUUGAAGAAACUUAUGAAGAACAACCAGUUGUUAAUGAACCAACUCCGGUUUCUGCUUCAAAACCUUCAAUUUCCGACGAAUCAGCUUUUCCUGCUUUAGGUGGUGGUAGAAAAUCCGCUUCUCCAGCUCCAAAUGGUGGUGGUGCUUCUUCUUGGGGUCCUCUGAUGAAAACUCCAAUUAGUUCAUCAACUCCAAGCCCAGCUCCAGUUCAAGCUCCAAGACAAACUAAUGGUUUGAAAUCAAAAGUUUCAACUAUUCAAGAAGCUUUCUCCUUAGAUGUUGAAGAUCAAUUGAAUGUCGCUCGUCCUGAAUUUAUUAAAAUUUUAACUUUUGUUAAACAAGAAACUAAAACUAACAUUGAAUGUACUACUUCUCAACACACCAAAAAGAGAACUUUCUUGAUCACUGGUAGACCUGAAGAAGUUAAAUUGGCCAAACGUUUGGUUAUUAAGAAAUUGACCAAACCAGUUAAAAUCACUUUUAAUAUCCCAGCUAAAUUGAGAUCAAGAGUUAUUGGUCAAGGUGGUAAAAACUUGAAACCAAUCAUCCUGGCCAAUGAAGUCAAGAUUGAAAUCGGUGAUGUUGUUGAAGGUGGUGAUGAAAAUUCUGAAGAUGCCGAAGAUGAUGAAGAUGAUAUUUUUGCCAAAACCAUUCAAGUUACCAUUGAUGGUGAUAUUGAAGGUUCCAAGCGUGCCAAGAACCAAAUCUUGGCUAUUGUCAAAGAAGAAACCAAGAAUUUGUCUGCCAAAGUUGCUUUGGACGAAAAAGUUAAACCAUUUGCUGCUACUGAAUUGAAAUCCAUUGUUGAAAAAUACUCUUCUUUAGAAUUUGCCAUUCCAGAUUACAAAUCAUCAAGAACCACUAUUGUCAUUGUUGGUGAACGUGAUUUGGUUUUGGAAGCCAAACCAGAAGUUAAAGCUGCUUUGGAUAAAUUGGCUGCUAAGAUCGUUGUUGUCGAAGUUCCAAUUCCAAAAACUAAACACCAAUUCUUGCCAAUUGAAGAAGUUUUGGAAGAACAUAAUGUUUUGAUUCAAUUGCCAAAAGAAGGUGAAUCCAAUGUUAAGUUCAUUGGUGAAAAGAAAAAGAUUGGUGCUGCUCAAUCCUCUGCUCAAAAAACCACUUCUCAAUACAAGGUUGAAACUUUGGAUAUGUCCAAGGCUCACAAGGGUAACUUGAAACACGUUAAGGCUGUUGCUGCUGUUUUGACUAACACUGGUGCUUUUGACGAAAUUGCCAAAGCUAAUGAAGUUACUAUUCACACUCCAAAUGUCAAAGAACUUGAUACUAUCUCUACCAUCCCAAUUGAAAUUGUUUCUAAGGGUGGUGAAGACAAGAUUAAAGUUGCUAGAAAAGCAAUUGUCAACCAUGUUAACAAGAUUACUCCAGAUCAAGCUAAAACUAUUGAAGACAUUGAUGACUUCUUGUUGGGUAAAGUUGAUGAAACUAUCAGGGAUGUUGCUAAAGAACAAGGUGUCAACUAUGUUGUUAUUGGUAACACCAUUACUUUGUUCUCUCUUGAUCAAUCUUCUGAAGAUGCCGAUGAUUUUGAUGAAGUUGCCCCAUCUGAUGCUGCUUUCAAGAAAGUUGAUGAUGCUUUGAACAAAUUGAGAGAAUUAGCUGCUAACUUGACCAGUGCUACUUUAUCAAUCCCAUCUGAUGAUCAAGAACAAAUUUCUGGUCCAAGAGGUACUACUUUAAGAUCUAUCUUGGCUUCUAUUGAACCAAACACUGUCACUGUUAAAUUGCACCAUCCAUCUGCCGAUGAAGUUUACAUUCACGGUAUCAAGACUUCAGUUGCUACUGUCAAGAAAGAAAUUGAAGCUGUUAUUGCUGAUGCUAAAGAAUUUGGUAAUGAUUACACCACCACUGUUGCUGUUCCAUCUCAAGUUCUUUCAAGAUUGAUUGGUAAGAAUGGUGCUAAUAUGAACCAACUCAGAGAAGAAUUUGGUACCAAGAUUGAUGUUCCAGAUGAAAAAGAAGGUACUAGAGACAAGUCUGCUAAAACUGACGUCACUGUCACUGGUAUCAAGAGAAAUGUUGAAGAAACCAAGGCUAAAAUCAUUGCUUUGGCUAAGAGAUGGGCUGAUGAAACUUUGGUUAGAUUAAGAGUUGAAAGUCAAUAUCACAGAAGAAUGAUUGGUCCACGUGCUGUUUACAUUAACCGUUUACAAGACAAGUACAAUGUUAAGAUUAGAUUCCCAUCUGAUACUUCUGCCAAUUUUGCUGAUGCUCCAAACAACAAGGAUGAAGUUACCAUCAAGGGUCCAUCCAAGGGUGUUGCUAAAGCUGAAGAAGAAUUGAAGGAAUUGUAUGCUUUUGAAAAAGAAAAUGGUUUCAAACAAACUGUCCAAAUUCCACUUAAAGCUAUUGCCAGAGUUAUUGGUAAAUCUGGUGAAACCAUUAAUGAUAUUGCUGAUGGUACUGGUAUUGAAUAUACUUUUAAACGUGAAGAUGAAGAAGCUAAUGGUUAUUCUGAAGUUGAAUUGACUGGUUCUAAGUCAGCUUUGAAGGAAGCCACUGCUAAGAUUCAAGAAAUUAUUGAUGAAAUUGAAAACUUUGUUUCUCGUACCAUUAAAGUUGAUCCAAUUUAUCACCGUGAUUUGAUUGGUCCAGGUGGUUCUAUUAUGAAGGAAAUUAUUUCUAAAGCUGGUGGUGAUGAAGUUCCAAGAAACAGACAAUAUAAAUUAUUGAACAUUCCAAAUGAAGGUUCUGGUAGUGAUGAAGUUACUUCUCAAGGUGACAAAACUAUUGUUGAUAAGAUUGUUGCUGCUGUUGAAAAAAUCAUUGAAGAAAAGAAGGCUUCUAUCACUGAAGAAAUUGAUUUGCCAAAAGAAAAACAUAGAUUAAUUAUUGGUCCAAGCGGUUCUAUUCGUCAUUCAUUACAAAACGAAUUUGGCGUUACCAUUGAUAUUCCAAGACCAAAUGAUGAAUCCACUAUUGUUAAAGUUUCUGGUUUACCAGACAAGAUUGCUGCUGCUAAGGUUAAGAUUGAAGAAUUGACCAAAGACGACUGGAAUGAAUCUAUUGAUGUUCCAGCUGUUUAUCAUGCAUUGGUUAGUGAAAGAGGAGCCAUUUUCAAGAAAUUGAAGAAUGAUUUCAAUGUUGAAGUUGCUCAUGGCAAUUUUACUAGACAAGCUAGUAAAUUGUCUUCAGCUAGUAUCCCAACCCCACCAGAAUCUGCUUAUCCAGAAGGUUCAGAAGCAUUCAAAUUUACUAUUGUCCCAACUGAAGAAACCAAUGGAUCUACUUCAGAAGAAAUUAUUCCAUGGAGAUUGAAGGGAUCUGAAGAAGAUACUGCCAAAGCUGCCAAGUUUAUUUCUGAAAGAUUAGAAUUGGCCAAGAAUGCUAAAUCAAUUGGUUGGUUUUAUGCUUCACAACCAUCAGUUUUCUCUAAAGUCAUUGGUCCACAAGGUUCUAAAGUUAAUCAAAUUAGAAAGAAAUCUCAUACUUUUAUUACUAUUCCUAGAGCUAAUGAUAAAAACGCUGCUAACUUCAUUUACUUGGUUGGUGAUGAAGAUAACUUGAAUGUUGCUAAAACUGAAAUUCAAAGUUUAUUGUAA